GGGCUACCCUCACUUUGAGCGUGAGAUAAUCCUUCGCUUAAGAAUGAAGUCUGGAAUCGGUUUACCGGAGGCCAAUUUCUUGGCACUCGUUCUCGAAAGUCUUCUCUACGGUUCCUUCUGUGUCCUCUUCGUAGCUGCGAUAUGGGCAAUCUUCACAAAGGGCCAAAAAGUCAACUACAAACUCCUUACGACCCUCAUGACAAUGUGGCUGCUCUCCACAGUGCAUUUGAUACUGGAUGUCAUCCGUGCCAAGGCUGCUUUCAUUGAUGCCCGAGGGCUCCCAGACGGAACUCCUGGGUCUUUGGUAUAUUAUCUCGACUUGUCCAACCCUCUGCAAGCGGCGAAGACGGCCAUAUACGUGGCCAUCACGUUGGUCGGUGAUGGAUUCAUGAUAUACCGCUGUUAUGUCAUCUGGGGUCGAUGGUACAUGGCCUUGAUUCCUGCCAUGAUGCUCUGUGGGACGGGAGUAUCCGGAUAUGGAGCGACGUACCAGUUCUCUAAAGCUGCACCUGGCUCCGAGGUGUUCCUUCCAGACAUUGUCACGUGGGUUACGAGUUUCUUUGUGCUAACGUUCGCAACGAAUGUCAUUUGCACAGCGUUGAUCGCGACCAGGAUACUCUCCGUGCAGAGAGCAAUCGGUGCUCUAUCCAAGUUACACUCAUCUCGAGGGAACCUCUCGCUUAAGGCGAUUAUUAUUGUCACGGAGUCCGCUGCGCUGUACUCUGUCUCCAUCCUAUCACUGUUGAUCUCGUACUCCAGCGGCUCGAAUGGACAGUACACUGUCCUUGAUCUCACCUCCCCGCUCGUCGGAGUAGUCUUCACCCUCAUCAUCCUCCGAGUGACCCUUGUGUCCGAAUCAGAACAGAUCUAUUCAACAUCCAUACCGUUCUCUACCCACACCAGCAACUCCAGAGUGGCUCGAACAGGGCCAGAGCAAUAUGGAAUGCAACCGAGGGCGACUGCCGUCUCGGUCAAUGUGUCGCAUUUCACGGAGAGGGAUAGCCUCGACAACAAAGUGGCUAGCAAUAACGUGGUUUGAGGGCACGGUAUUCAGUCAUCAGUAAACCAGCAACAACUUUUCCCGAGCUUUUGUGUACGGUUUUGUACGUUUCUUGUGUGUCUUUUGUACUCGAAGUUUUGCAUGGUUUUCUGAUGUCUACUUUCCGACGUCUUCGCUAAGUACUUGUCUCCUUACUGUACCUGUGCAGAAAGUGGAAUAUUCGGCAUGUUUAUUAACAGAGA